GCAUGUGCGCAGUUUGGUGUUAGUUCGAGGACAUCAUUUGGCUCUUCUCCUUGUACGUGUACGACUGUUAUAAUCGUUAUUUUAAGGAAAAAUUAGUGCAAUAUUUUGCACUGACAUUGAUCGUUUCGUUUGGCACAUGACGACGUAAACUCGAUCAAAUAUUUUAUCGUAAUAAUUUACGAAGGCAAAGAAAGAAUAAAAGGGACAGAAAAAUGACUAUCAUCACGAAAGCAAUCAGUGAGAAGAAGGCGUCGGAGAAAAUGGAGCAGCCAUUGUUUGUAGAAGAAACUACUGCGGAUUCUUCAAAAACUGAUCCUGAGGCUCAAGUCCAAAAACCAGAUGUGGGUAGACAUUAUUUUGUUGCACGCAGAAACAUUCAUAGAAUCCACGUGACCGCUACGUUCUCCUUGUUCCUUAUUGCACUGAUGAUAUUAAUAAUUGGUGUAAUAGGGGGUCUUUACAUAUAUAUACAAUAUGCCAGAGCACAAAUACAUAGAUUCCGUACUGGAUGGUAUAGCAUUCCAUAUGAUAAAGCACCAUAUGGUGGUGAUACUAUGCAUCAGACAAUCAUAGCCGACUCAAAUUUAUUCAAGAGUCUAACUAGAGCCACUGAACAAGAAGCAAUGGAUCUUGAAAGAAAUGUAGACAAUAAUAUUAAGAGUUUUCUUAAAGAACGAUUUGAAAUUGAUCUUGAAAAUGAACAUUAUGAAAAGAUUGAUGUGCCAGAUUUUCGUGGUGGUCGUCAAGGACGUUUUAUACACGAUUUUAAUAUUAAUAAAACUGGAAUUAUAGAUAUCGAUGGUCGUUGCUGUUUUGUUAUGCCAUUGAAUCGUCAAAGAGUUUUACCACCGCACAAUUUGUACGAUCUUCUUAGAAAAAUGUUUAAUGGUUAUUAUGAAGUCGAUACAGAUAUUGUACGUGAAACUAUGAAAGUUGUUACUCCACCUAUUACCGAUAUGUCCACUGUGGGAACAUACAUUGCACGUGAAUGCCAAGAUUUGCCAACGUAUAUGUUAAAAAAAGUGAAUCCUACUGUUGUUAAAAGGGAAGCAUCAAGCGGUAUUUUUGCACAAUUCGCUGGCAAAGAUAUUGUAGAAGUUGAUAUUUUGAAUCUGAGUGAAUUCCAUAAGUAAACACAGAAGGAAUUUACAUUUUUUAGGCAAUUAAGACUCAGUAGAUUGGUGUAAAAAAAUAAAAAAAAAAUAAAAAAAAAAAAAAUAAAAAAAUACAAAAAAAAAGGUUAUGUAAUACCCGGAAAACAUAGGUGACUAUACCGAUUUCUUUUAUCAAUAUGUAAGUCUACUUUUCAACACCAUUAUGUCUUUCCACAACAUUUAUCUUCUUAAUCCCGGAUAGCAGUCAUCAUUUAUAUUCGCAUUGAUAUCUAAUGUGGAUAAUUAAACGUCAUGCAGUAACUGGUUAAUCUUAGAUGUGCAAUAGAAUUCGAAAAAAAAAUUAAUAGGCUACAUUCUUUUUAUAAGCUUAUAUAGGAUAUCGAACAGAUAUAGUUGAUUUCAAUUGGAGUUUGUUGAUGAUAAAUAUUUAUCACAUUUGUUAAACAAUGUGAUUAUGUUUUUAAUUAAAUCUUGUAAAAAGGAUGUGUCUAUUAUAUUUAAAUUAAAACAUUAUUAUUAUCAUCACAUGGGGAAAUUGUUUUAAACGGAUAGUAAUUACCUUAUACCUCUUUUCCGUAAUAUCAAAUAAAAUAUAUAUAUAUAUAUAUAUUUAUAUGUAUAUAUAGAUAUAUAUAUAUAUACACACAUAUAUAUAUACAUACAUAUAUAUAUAUAUAUUACAUUAUCUUAUAUAUUUUCUUCGUCUUAAAGAAAUUAUAUAUUGCAAUGGUUAUAUAAUAUCUUUUCAUAUGUUAACAAACAAAGCUUGCUUUUACUUUAAAUAGAUACAUAUCAGAUUUUAAGGUUGAAUAGAAGGAAUAACUUUUUCUCAAUUGGAAUUGCUAAAUUUGCAAGUUAAAUAAAAUAACUGUGAGUCGAAAUUGAGAAAGUCAUUUAAAUAACUUUUGUAUCAAAUAUAAAAGAUAUUUAAUCUUUAUUCUGUUUCAAUUAAGAUAUUCAAUGUAUAUCCAUGAUAUAUAUAUCAUACGCUUUUUUUUUUUAUUAGCGUGUUAUAUAUACUCUAAUAACGCAAUAUAUUUCUAAUCAUUUAUUAUUUUAGUAGGACUAUUUUUAAACAAUACUAAAUCUUUGUUAGAUCAAUUUUAAUCUCCAAAGUUCAUUAUAUAUUUCAAAUUAUUAGCAGAAAACUUAUAUUUAAAAAGAAAAAGAAAAAAAAAGAAAAAAAAGACAAAUAAAAAUGUGUAGAAAAAUGAAUGUAUUGCAUUCCAUGCAUUUAAUAUUCUGAUAUAUAUAUAGUAGGAACACGUGUGUACCUUUAAUAUUUAAGUUAAAUAUCUAAAACUGUUUGGCUAUAUAUAUAUAUAUAUAUAUAUAUAUAUAUAUAUAUAUAUAUAUAUAUAAAAUUAAGGAAAAAUAUUGUUUCUAUACAUAGUACAGAGUAUUUAGAAAUGAAUGAUGAUCAUUUUUAAAAGUAAGAAAAUGGCUUUGAUAUGAGCUCUAAUGUUAGCUCUAAAUAAUAAUUUAUCAUUCUUCUGCUGAAAAUAAUAGAAAGACAAAAAGAGAGAGAAAGUGAAAGAGAUAGAGAGGGAAUUUAGUAUUUAGAAAUUUACUUCACGAGAACGUAUAUUGUGUAUCUUACUGCAUGCGUAGUAAGAUAGUGUAUAUUAUAUAGUAAUCAUUUGUAGAAUUAAGUGGAAAUAUGAGAUUAUAUAUUUGCACUAUA